AUAUUUUAGACAUGGGUAUCUCAAGAGAUAGUGUGCACAAGCGCCGGAAGACGGGGGGAAAGAGGCCCAUCGUCCGUAAGAAGAGGAAGUUCGAACUUGGACGCCCCGCUGCCAACACUAAGAUGGGAACAAAGAGGAUCAGGCCUGUCAGGACCAUGGGAGGAAACAAAAAGUUCAGAGCUCUUAGACUCGAAACUGGAAACUUUGCCUGGGCCUCCGAGGGCUCCACCCGCAAAGCUAGGAUUAUGGACGUUGUGUACAAUGCCUCCAACAACGAACUGGUCAGAACAAAAACUCUUGUAAAGAACUGCAUUGUCCAGAUCGAUGCUACUCCUUUCAGACAAUGGUACGAAGCUCACUACGGAGUUACUGCUGGACGAAAGAAGAAGAACGAAGACAAGACCACCGUAGAAGAGGUCAAGAAAUCUAACCACGUACAGAGAAAAAUCGAUGCCAGAAAAGGAGAAUGCAAGAUCGGACAAUUAUUAGAUGAUCAGUUCAACACAGGACGUCUGUAUGCUUGUGUCGCUUCCAGACCCGGCCAAUCCGGCCGAUGUGAUGGUUACAUUCUCGAGGGAAGAGAGCUCGAGUUCUACCUUAAGAAGAUCAGAAUGAAGAAGUCCAAAUAAGCUUUUUAAAUAGUUUUUAUUUAUUGACUAAAA